UUUAGGCUCAUUUGCGAUGGAAGGUGGGAGUGUUGGGCGAAGCCAAACAACGCUGCUUUCUUUUAAACGGCUAAAUAUAGCUGUUAUAGCGCGCAAAUAAUAAUAUUUAAACAAAAUUAAUUCCGUCGUCGAGGAACCGAUCACAUCUAUGCCCGGAAAUAAAUGACAACAUCGAAGCUAAUACCGUAUUUCGGACUUUGUAUCCAAGAAAAAUAGCACUUUUUGCGGAGGAGUUCGAAGGUUUUUCUCAAGAGAAGAAUUAUUCAAUGAGUUUCUCGGGGACUAUUUUAUUAGUUGUAUUUUUCCUCAUUUGCGCUAUUUGGACCAUACGGAUGUGCAACCUUGUUUUGAGCUGAAGACUGACUUAACACUACUCUCCUUUACUCGGGAAACUACACAUCGGUCUGGACUCUGGAGUAAAUGCACUGAAUCUUCUUCAUAUAUAGCCUUUUUUGUAUUUUUUAAUUUAUUGACAGAUUCAUGUGGAUAUUUUUUCCUGGCUUCCAUAAUUGUCAUUGGGUUUUUUUUAGUUCAACAUGGAAGCCUUUCAUUUGAAGAUUGCCAUUUCCCUCUGGUGUCAGCUAAUGAUCGCUGGGUCCAGCUUGGACAUCGCCGCUUACGACGCAGAGCUGGGCAUACAGGCAAAGUGUGAGCCCAUCACCAUCCCCAUGUGCCAGGACAUCGGGUACAACGUGACCAGGAUGCCCAACUUCAUGAAGCACGAGACGCAGGCCGAGGCCAGCAUUAAGCUGAACGAGUUCGCCCCGCUGGUGGAGUACGGCUGCGACGUGCACCUGCGCUUCUUCCUCUGCUCGCUGUACGCGCCCAUGUGCACCGACAAGGUGUCCAACACCAUCCCGGCCUGCCGGCCCAUGUGCGAGCAGGCGCGGCAGAAGUGCUCCCCCAUCAUGGAGAAGUUCAGCUUCGGCUGGCCCGACUCGCUCGACUGCUCCCGGCUGCCCACCAAGAACGACCCCAACGCCCUCUGCAUGGAGGCGCCCGAAAACGACACCAAGACCGAGACCAAAAAAGGGGAGGGCAUGCUGCCAGUGCCCCCCAGGGCCAGGCAGCCGGGGGCUGGCGGCGGGCGCGCGGCGGGCAGCCUGGGGUCCUGCGAGAACCCGGAGAAGUUCCAGUACGUGGAGAAGAGCCAGUCCUGCGCCCCCCGCUGCUCGUCGGUCGUGGACGUCUUCUGGUCCCGGCAGGACAAGGACUUCGCCUUCAUCUGGAUGGCGGUGUGGUCCACCCUCUGCUUCGUCUCCACGGCCUUCACCGUGCUGACCUUCCUCCUGGACCCCCACCGCUUCCAGUACCCCGAGAGGCCCAUCAUCUUCCUCUCCAUGUGCUACAACGUCUACUCGGUGGCCUUCAUCAUCCGCUCGGUGGCGGGCGCCGAGAACAUCGCCUGCGACCGCGAGAACGGCGAGCUCUACAUCAUCCAGGAGGGCCUGGAGAGCACGGGCUGCACCAUCGUCUUCCUCAUCCUCUACUACUUCGGCAUGGCCAGCUCCAUCUGGUGGGUCAUCCUCACGCUCACCUGGUUCCUGGCGGCGGGGAAGAAGUGGGGACACGAGGCCAUCGAGGCCCACAGCAGCUACUUCCACAUGGCGGCCUGGGGCAUCCCCGCCAUGAAGACCAUCGUCAUCCUCACCAUGAGGAAGGUGGCGGGCGACGAGCUGACGGGGCUGUGCUACGUGGGCAGCAUGGACGUCAACGCGCUCACGGGCUUCGUGCUCAUCCCGCUGUCCUGCUACCUGGUCAUCGGCACCUCCUUCAUCCUGACGGGCUUCGUGGCGCUCUUCCACAUCCGCAAGAUCAUGAAGACGGGCGGCACCAACACGGAGAAGCUGGAGAAGCUCAUGGUGAAGAUCGGCGUCUUCUCCAUCCUCUACACCGUCCCGGCCACCUGCGUGAUCAUCUGCUACUUCUACGAGCGCCUCAACAUGGACUACUGGAAGUUCCGGGCGCUGGAGGGCAAGUGCGCCACCCUCCCCGGGCGCAGGAACGAGGACUGCUCGCUGGAGGAGUCCGUGCCCACCGUGGCCGUCUUCAUGCUCAAGAUCUUCAUGUCGCUGGUGGUGGGCAUCACCAGCGGGGUGUGGGUCUGGAGCUCCAAGACCCUGCAGACCUGGCAGGGCCUCUGCAACAGGAAGCUGGCGGUCAGGACUAGCAGGAAGCCCUGCAACGGCGUCAGCUGCGGCAGCACCCACUGCCACUACAAAGCCCCGGCCGUGGUGCUCCACAUGACCAAAACGGACCCCUAUUUAGACACCCCCACGCACGUCUGAAAGCCGGGCCGCUAUCGGAGCGUCUUUCUCGGACAGAGCCCAUAGGGAUGCGGGGACGCCGGGGAGGGACAGUGACAUUAUCUUCCCCGGGAGGAACGUGCACAGGUUGGACUACAUGUGAUGUUUUCAGUAGCGAGGCCUGGCAACUGCUGCCUUUUUCGUGCUGAUUUAGGGCAAACACUUUUUAUCAUCUGUUUUGCAGGCUUCGAGAUAACGCCUUUCCCACAGCCUGACCCUGGAGAGCAUUCAGACGUACGCACAAACAACAUUCAUAAAAUAAAGGGAAAAGAUUCCAGUAACAGCAUGCAGUAUGAACUUUGUCAAAUAGUAUCAUUUGUGGCACACACACGCCGUUUGUGGACUAAUUAGACACAAUUUCAAUGGAAAAUGGACUUGCAUGGAUGUAUAAAAUUGGGUGUAUUUUCUAUUUUCUAAUAGUGUAAAAAAAUCUAUUUAUUUUAUGGAGUAUUUAAUUGCAGUCCUCUAUGUUGUUUUGUAAGUUCCUGUGUAUUGUAUAUAAGCAAGCAUCGUAAAGCCUUAACAAAAGGAAACAGGAACUGAGGGAGAUUAGUGCCUUGGACUAAAGGGACUGAAUGUGUACCCAUAUUGUUCAAAAAACGAAAUAAUAAAACAUUUAUAUAUUUUCA